CGGAAGCCAUUACUCUCGAGAGGCGAUUGCCGCUAUACACAUGGGCAAGGGGGGUGGUCCACUGCGGCUUCCUCUGAACUUUUGGUCCCCGCGGCCGACUCGACUUUACGUGUGAACUCCUCGUCCCUUCGGCAGCAGCUUCCGGGGCUUCCGCUCCCCGUGAUUCUACCCUCAGUCGAGUAAGCCCCGGUUUCCUCACUUAACCAUUUACUCCCGGCCUUCCUGAGGACAGGAAAGGCCCACAGGCAGGGAGGAGUAAAGGGGAACGGUGACCUGGAACCGGGAAGCCAGGAACCCAGGCCCUCCAGGUGAUUCAGAUGAUGCAGCUUGAAGUUUGAGAACCGCUGGUUUAAAGAUGCUUGCUCCAAGAGUCCCAUGAGAGCGAGAGAGUAACUUCCUGGUGCCGGCGCCCUGCUGUUCAGGCAGAUUUACUACCAUUCUCAAAGGAUGGCAGCUCUUGGUCUGUCUCCCACAUGUGCUAUGUCCACUCGGGAGCCUGCCUGUAUCCAUGAGCCAGAAAUUCCUCUUUCUUCAGAAGACCAUUCCUGUCCCCAGGAUGUGGACCUGUUUGUGUGCGACGGCCUGGAGCCCCAUACAUCAGCCAGUGUUGGUUCCCAGGAAUCAGUGACGUUCCAGGAUGUUGCUGUGGACUUCACCGAGAAGGAGUGGCCCUUACUGGAUUCUUCUCAGAGAAAACUGUACAAAGAUGUGAUGCUGGAGAACUACAGCAACCUUGCCUCAGUGGGGUGUCAGGUGGGCAAACCCAGCCUCAUCUCCCACUUGGAGCAAGAAGAGGAGCUGAGGACAGAGGAGAGGGAACUUCACCGAGGCACUUGUCCUGAUUGGGAGCCUCCAUCUAAAACCAAAUGGUCGAUUCUUAUGGAAGAUAUUUUUGGGAAGGAAACAUCUAAUGGUGUGACAGUGGAAAGAACUCGCCUUGGAGAGAAGCCCACUGACUAUGCUGACCUGUUUGAAGUCUUCAGCAUGGGUGCUCAUCUUACUCAGCAGAUGGGAAGGCACGCUGGCAAGAGGCCCUAUCACCGCCGGGACUACGGGGUAACUUUCAAGAACAGAGCACACGUAACCCAACAUGUGAGCAUUUACAAUGGCAGGAAAAUGCAUGAAUGUCAUCAGUGCCAAAAAGCCUUCACCACGAGUGCUUCCCUCACACGGCACAGGAGAAUACACACUGGGGAGAAACCCUACGAAUGCAGUGCUUGUGGGAAAGCUUUCAACGAUCCCUCAGCCCUUAGGAGUCAUGCAAGAACUCACCUCACCGAGAAGCCCUUUGACUGCAGUCAGUGUGGAAACGCAUUCCGAACCCUCUCCUCCCUGAAGAUACACAUGAGGGUUCACACUGGGGAGAGACCUUACAAGUGUGACGAAUGUGGGAAGGCAUAUGGCAGGAGCUGCCACCUGAUUGCACACAGAAGAACACAUACUGGAGAGAGACCCUAUGAGUGUCACGACUGUGGGAAGGCUUUCCAGCAUCCCUCACAUCUCAAAGAGCAUGUCAGGAACCACACAGGGGAGAAACCCUACGAAUGCACGCAGUGUGGAAAAGCCUUCCGAUGGAAGUCUAACUUUAACCUGCACAAGAAGAACCACAUGGUGGAGAAAACAUAUGAAUGUAAAGAAUGCGGGAAAUCGUUCGGUGACCUCUUGUCACGGCGAAAACACAUGAGAAUUCAUAUUGUAAAGAAACCGGUUGAAUGUAGACAGUGUGGGAAAGCCUUCAGAAACCAGUCCAUCCUUAAGACACACAUGAAUUCUCACACCGGAGAGAAGCCGUACGGGUGCGACCUCUGCGGGAAGGCCUUCAGUGCAAGCUCAAACCUCACCGCGCAUAGGAAAAUACACACUCAAGAGAGACGCUACGAGUGUGCGGCCUGUGGGAAAGUCUUCGGUGAUUAUUUAUCCCGGAGGAGGCACAUGAGUGUUCAUCUUGUAAAGAAACGCGUUGAAUGCAGACAGUGUGGGAAAGCCUUCAGAAACCAGUCGACCCUUAAGACACACAUGAGAAGUCACACGGGGGAGAAGCCUUAUGAGUGUGAUCACUGCGGGAAAGCCUUCAGCAUAGGCUCGAACCUUAACGUGCACAGGAGAAUACACACUGGCGAGAAGCCCUACGAGUGCCUGGCCUGUGGGAAAGCCUUCAGUGAUCACUCGUCCCUCAGGAGUCACGUGAAGACUCACCGAGGAGAGAAGCUCUUCGUGUCAUCGGUGUGGAAAAGGCUCCAGUGAGGCAUUUUCCUUGAGACAAACAUGAGAGCACAGGUGUAAGGAAGGCAGGAGGCCUUGAUGAACUCAUCUCACGGGGCACAGACGAAUACCUGCUAACUUGGGAGAAAUCUAAUUUGUGUAAUGACUGUGGAGAGACGGGUUUUUCCACAUCACUUCAGAGAUACGUGAGAACUCACAGUGGGUGAGGAAACAUGUAUCCGUGGUGUGAAGAAGCUGCCAGUGUACGUUUAGCUUUUAACAAGCACGAGAACUUAGGGUUAGAAGCCCUAGUCUGGUAUUUAAUGUCAAAAUGACUUUAACACCACCUUGCACCUUCUGGGACCAAGAGUAAGCACACAGGGCGGAUCUCUGUAAAUUCAUCAAGUGGAUUAGCCUUUCCUGGCCUCAGUAUGUCCCUCAUGAGAGAAAAAAACAGUAAAGAGAAAAAAACUACAAAAUAAGGAAUGUGGGAAAGUCGGUAACAAGGGCCAGCUGUUUGUACAGUGGCAAACUAAGAAUAGUUGUUGCAUUUUUAAAGAAGAAAAAUGUGUAAGAGAGACCACGUGUGGCCCACAAAGCCUGGAAUACUCAUUAUCUGGCCCUUUACAGAAAAAAAUGUGCCAGUCCUUGGUCUACAGCAGUGGUUCUCAACUGGGGGUAACUUUGCUCCCCAGGGACGUUUGGCAAUGUCUAGAGACAUUUUGGGCUGUUAAAACUGUGGGGAGGUGCUACUGGCAUGUUUCGGGUGACAGGGAUGCUGCUAAACAUCCUACAAAGCACAGGGGGUCCCCAUGGGAAGGAGAAAUUAUGGGCCCCCAAAAUGUCAGUAUUGCUGAGGCGGAGAAAGCUUAGCCAGCAAUACCUCCAUUUUUAUGCAACAUGUGGGCACUCACACUAGGUGAAAUUUUUAUUUAAAAGUUAAAAAUUAUAAUUAAUAGCAUUCCUUCAGGAAACACAUGAUGAGAAACCACUCUGCAGACAAUCCCUAUGUGGCGAUAAUUUCAGCCACAGCCCUCACUUGUGCAUAGAAUUCACUCCCCAGUGGGAUCUCUUAGUCAAAAUGAAUUGCACUUAACUGCCAGUCUUUCAUCUUGAAAAUGGACGCUCGCUCAUUAAUUUUCAGUCUUUAUUUUUAAGGUUAUGCCCUUCCAAGUAACCCUUAUGCCUCAUCACAGAAGGUUUGUAUAUAGUAUUUUUACUAUAAUUUUAUCCUUGAUAUGUGUUCAUUUCCUUUUGGACAACUACUUAACCAAUGGAACUUUUUAGAAUAGUUACCUGCUGUGUAACAUGUGGGUAUUUUUAGUACCUGUUUGUUACAAGUGUCUAAUUCAAAUGCAUUGUGAUCAGAGCAGAAUGUCUUCAUCAGAUGGAUCCUUUGGAAUGUUUUUGGCCUCUUGUCCAGCCAAGAGUAACAUGUAUAUAACAUAAUAUAUACUGUAGUUGCUUCUCCAGUAUCUCUUCUUUCUUAUAAAGAAAAUCCAAGUUUUGUCUGAUCAGUAAGGUGUGCUAUUUUUAAAAGUCUCUUACAGAUUUUCUUGCGACUGGCACAGUCCAUGUCCCACAGCCUGGCCAGUGACAAGCAGAUGUCACUGUAUGGGCUGUAAGAAAGCUCUUGAAAAGGGUCAUUUUUACCUGGAUUCUUCUCUACCUUUUUUUUUUCUUCCCCCUUGCUCUUCCCCCUACUUCUCACCUUGCAAGGAGAUCUAGUACCUAGUGUUAAAGAUCUGCUUUGUGACUGUGAGGAUGCAAGCCUCAGGCUAAUGGGGAUACUGCAGAAAAAUCACAAUGAUCCUGGCUUCCCGGGUGGCCUCUUUGAGUGUCUGCACUUGCCCUGGAUUUGUUAUUUCCAGACUUCGUAUUACAUGAGAAAAAAUAAAACUGAUUAUUGGUUUAA